UUCUGGGUCACUACAACAAGUGCUUGGCGAUCUGUGCAACCUUUAGGCAUUCCACAAAAUUCCAUAGCAUAUUGAAGAAAAUAUAGAAUGCCCAGUGAGACCACUCAGGUCAAGGUGGUGGUCAAGGCUCGCCCCCUUCUGGAGGUGGAAGAAACCAAAGGUGGGAAAAAUGUGGUCAAGAUAUCUGGAGACAAAAUCAGUGUGGACACAGGAGGAAAGGAACAGACAUUUGUAUAUGAUGGAAGUUUUGCUGGAGAUGUGAAAGCAAACCAGCUGUACAAGGACAGAUGUGAACCACUCCUGCAGAAAGCAUUGGAAGGAUACAAUGUCAGCAUCAUGGCUUUUGGUGCAACUGGUUCUGGGAAGUCCCACUUGAUGUCAGGGACAGAGGAUGACCCAGGGAUUGUUCCUUGUUUGAACCAUAGUCUGUACAAGCAUGUUGAAGAAAAAGCUGGGAAGAAAGAAUUCUUUAUCACAGUCACAUUUGUUGAGAUUUUGGAUGAACAAAUGACGGACUUGUUAAAUCCACAUUCCAAUGAGAUGAGAGUCAGACAGCACCCACAGCUUGGAAUUUUCAGACAGCUAAGAUCUGAGGGUGUGGACAGUAACAGCAGUCUGCAGGCUGUGGCAAGGGUCAUUGCAGCCCUGGGAGAUUCCAAGAAGAAAGGUGGCCACGUGCCAUACAGAGACUCCAGAAUAACAAGGCUUCUACAGGAAGCCUUUGGCGGGAAUGCUUUCAGCCUUAUGUUUGCCUGCAUAUCUCCAGCAGAUCUGUUCUCACAGGAGACAAUGGUGACUCUGCAGUAUGCUACUCUUGCUAGGAAUAUUAAGAACGAGGCCAGAGUAAAUUUGGAUGAGACAACACACAUCAUUGCUGACCUCAGAGAAGAAAUUGCACGUCUCAGAGACAAGCUGACAACAAACAGUAAGAAGGAGGAUGUCAUGAAGAUGGAGGAUUUAAUCCAUGAUUUGCAAAUUGCCAAGAGGCAGACAUGGGAAGAGAAGCAAAGGUUGUCCAUUCAGUAUGAGGAGGAAAGAAAAACAAACUUGGCUAAUAAGGGAAUACUGGAGUGGGUGAUGGACAGCAUGCGAAAGGGAGACAAGGAGAUGCAGGAAAAGCUUUUGCUUCUUCAAAAAGAAAAAGAUCAGUUAAUGCUUCAAUACAAAGAAAAGAGAAAGGCUGUGGAUGGAAUGAAAGAAGACCUGCAGAAAAAGAUUGCUGAAUACUCCAAGAUGGCUGACAGUGGUAAAGCUACAGAUGCAAGCACCAAGGCUAAGGUGACAGCCAUUCAUGAAUUGAAAGAGCUUUUGAAGAGUGAAAGUGAAAGGCUGAAGGAAAUAAAACAACACUUGAAGGAGGUCACAGAGAAACAGAGGACAGAAAGAGAGGAUGCCAGAUCUCAGAACAUGAUGCUGAGGGGCAAUGCUGAGCUGAGACAAGCUGUAGAGAUUGAGGAGCGAAAGAAGAUCGAGAUGGAGAAUGCCAUCAUGGUGGAGGAUGAGAUGGAGAGAGUCGGGAGAGAGGUGGAUUUUCUCAGAAUGGAAAUUCAGAACAAGGUGGAGCAAGGCAAGCAGUACAGUUCAGAGGAAGGCAGCAAGCUGGAGAUAGAGGUUGCAGAGCUGAAGGCUGAGAGACAAGUGAUUGCACUUCAGCAACAAGUGCUUGAACAGGAGAAGGCUCGCCUUCAGAGGACCCUGGACGAUGCAUAUAAGCAUCACAAAGAGGAGACAGAAAUACUGCAGCUGCAAAAUUUCCAGACAUUCCGUAACUAUCGUGAGGUGUUUGAACAGCAGAAGUCUGCCCUGGAGCAGAGAUACAGAGGACUGCUUGAAGAUGCAGUACAGGAUGCAGUCUUCAUGUCUUCCAGGAAUGCGGAGAUGGUGGAGGAAAACCAGUCCCUUAGACAAGAAAUUGCAGAACUAAAAGACAGGUUGACGGUGCUGGAGGGACAGGCUGCAGCCAACUAACCCUGGAGACUUAGUUCUUAUAAAACAUAAACUUUGACAUUCAAUAUGACAUCAUUUAACUUAAGAGGAAUUACAAGUGUUGUUGCAAUCCGUCUAAAAGGGAAUAUAUCUAUUUCAGCAUAUUUUACAAACUCAGUUAAAUUUAAAAUUUGACAUAGUAUGAUACAUGCUUAUGAUUAUAUAUAUUUCUUAUUUAAAUGUCAAUUAAUAACCGUCCAUUAUAGACAUAUUGUGAUUUAAAGCAAAGUUGUAUAUAUGUAUAUGGCAAGGCAGAGGAAUUGAAUUUGUAAAACCUGGAAUCUUGAGAAACAGAGGUAUGCAGGUUUUAGAUGUCUCUUAUAAUGCAGUAAAAUCCGUCCUUUUUAGACAGUUGUAUCUCGUUUAUUUUUCUGAUGCAGUAAUAUACACUGCACAUAAAAAUGUUAAUGUUCCAUUAUUACAAUAUAUAAGUUACAUGACUGUACAAUCUCAGAGAGCUUUACAUUUAGUCAAAUAUUCAAACUUACAUAGUUUUUUUAUGCAGAUACAUGCUUUACAGAUAUUCAUCUUUUAUGGUUAAACAUAUUAUUUAAUCUAGAUGUAUACUAGAAGUCAUUGAUUUUAUUUUAGUUUAGACCCAUUUUUACUGAAUUUGCCAUUUUGAUUAAGUCUGAUCUGACAAGUCAUUUCUGAUUAAUGUUGUUAUUCAAUUUUAUUAAAAUUAAUGGUAGAUUAGGAAUGAUUAUAAUAUCAAUUAAUCAAGAUACAUACUGCAGUGUUAUAAAUCUAUGCUUCUUUAAUUUCCAUGGUUUUCAUGCUGGUUCAUGAAAGGCCAGAUAUCAUUCUGAUAACAAUAAAUUUUGUUCAUAAUAUUGUUCAUGGUUUUCUUUGAGAUUUUAAGCAUUUUAAUUCGCUUAUUUCAGACAUGACUGUAUAUUAAUUUAAAUGUUUCUUAG